AUGCAGGGCUUUAAUAUGGGACGCUAUGUCCCUCCCGACCAAGAAGGCCUAACUACCGGUAAUAAACUGGCUGGAAAACAUGCCCUCGGUUCUCGUGCACGCCAUCUUCACACCACCGGUGCGCUGGUCGUGCGAUUUGAAAUGCCCUUUGCCAUAUGGUGUUCCACCUGCCAACCGGCAGAUUCAGUGCUCAUUGGGCAGGGUGUGCGAUUCAAUGCUGAGAAGAAAAAGAUUGGAAACUACUACUCGACGCCUAUAUAUAGCUUUCGGAUGAAACAUGGGCCAUGUGGGGGUUGGAUUGAGAUCAGAACAGAUCCUAAGAAUACAGAGUAUGUCGUGACGGAGGGAGCCCGGCGAAAAGCUACCAGUGAGUUUACAAAAGGCGAAUAUGAAGAGGGUGGAAUUGGGGAGAUCCGGAUAAAGCUUCCCGGUGAGGAAGAGGCUGUGGAGGAUCCGUUCGCAAAAUUUGAGAGUAAGGUUGUUGAUAAGAACAAAUACGCAACUGCGCAAACCCGGAUAGAGGAGCUCCUAGUCAGGCAAGCAAGAGACUGGGAAGACCCGUACGAAAAAUCGAGAAAUCUGAGACGGUCAUUCAGAGAAGGGAGAAAAGGCAGAGAGCGUGCACUCGAGAAAGCGGAAACAUUGCGCGACAAAAUGAGUCUCGGAAUUGACCUAGUCGAAGAGAUAGACGAUGAUGGCAUCCGUGCCGGCAUGAUUGAUUUUGGGUCUCCAUCUUCGACACCGGCCGAGGGUCUUUCCACACAAUCUCGGGCACGGCCGUUGUUCUCUACAGUGGAAGAGCACAAUACAAAUAAUUUGAAAGGGAGCCUGGGAAAGGUCUCUCGCAAACCUGCUGCAGAGGUAGCUACCAAAAAAAUAGUUCUAUUGAAGGAAGAAUUAAAGGGUAACACGAAAGCUGCUAUGGAUCCGUUCCUUGAGGAUAUAGACGAAGAUUGGAAGCCUGGUGCCAAAAGGCAGAAAAGGAGUGCGAACAAUGGCGCUGCUAUUCGGGGCAAUACUGAAGAGGAAUCUACUGUCAUGAAUCAAACAGAUAACAAACUCAAUGGUGUAAGUAGGGAUAGAAGAACGGCUAGGACCUCGUCGCUAGAAGCUACAAAAGCUUCAGUUCUGUCUAAUAUGGUGACAUUAGUGGAUUAUGACUCUGAUACGGAUUGA